AUGGCAUCUGAAGAGUCUGCCGCCCAGAAGCUUCUUCAAAAGCAUGCCGAGGAACCUCACACUGUCACGGUCGAGGAUGUCCCGGAUGAAGAGCUUCCCGUGAAGCCCACCAGCGAUGCCUCUGGCUCUUGGGCGGCUCCAAUCACCUCCAAGGCUGCCGGAAAGCAGAAGGAAUCCUCGAACCCCAAGGCGCCUCUCGAUACACAGUCUCAUGAACUCUUCCCGGAACUUGGAGCCCCCAAGGUCAAAACUGCCAACGUGGCCCCCAUUUGGGGUGCCAAGAGCAACGCCAAUGGCAAGACCAAUGGUGCUGCUUCCAAUGGUGCUUCACGAUCAUCAACUCCUACUUCCGGAACCGCGACUCCUUCCAAGGCUGCCGCACCCUCUAUGUUUAUUCCAGGCCGCAAUGUCGAGACGGUUACCCUGGAGCCUCAGUUUGUCCUGCCCCGUGGCCAAUUGAAGCGUCCCAUCCCAGAUAUUAUCAAGGAUAUCAAUCGCAAGUCGCGCGCAAACAUCACAAUGGCUAAUGGAGCCAAUGGCCGAUACAAAUUCGAAGCUACCGGUCCUCAGGAGAUUGCUCAACAGGCGCUCAAGGACUUGGUCCAGCAAAUUGGAACUCGAACGUCCAUCAAGGUCUCCAUCCCUUACUCCGCUCGAGCUCAUGUCAUUGGAAAGGGUGGUUCGAUGAUUAGGGCCUUGCAGGAGAAGACAGGAGCCAAGAUUCAGCUUCCCAAGGUCGAGGACAAUGCUCUUCUUGCUGAUGAUGAUGAGGCCACCAUCGACGUUUCUGUUGAGGGCAACGCUCUCUCAGCCGCCUCCGCCCGAAAUGAGCUGCUCAAAAUUGCCGGCGAGCGAUCCGCCAACGUCCAGACCAAGGUUCGCGGUGUUCCCACGGCGUUCUACCCUUUCAUAGCCGGUCCCGGAAACUCCCUGGCCCAAGCUUUGGAGGAGAAUCACGGUAUUCAAAUGCGUGUUCCCCCUCACCAGGCUGUUUGCCGUGCCCAGGCCCCUGUGGCCUCCGAGCCUGGACAGCCACCUGUCUUUCACCCUGCCGGGGCGGAGGAUGACCACAUUCAGCUGGCUGGUGAUAGGGCUGCUAUUCAGCAGGUUCGCACCGAGAUCGAGCGACAAGUCGCCGAGCUGCAUAAACAGCUACAAUUGGAGCAGCUCGCUAUCCAGCGGGGUCGCCACCAAUUCAUUAUUGGAGAUCGAGGCUUGCCCGCUGAUGAUUUUUUUGCCGAGACCGGGUGUGCUAUUCUCCUUCCUUCGGAAGAAGAAGACGACAUGGUUACUGUCAUUGGUCCUGCUGAUCGCGUUCAAGCUGGUCUCGAGAAGGCCAUGGAUCUGGCGAUGGGCAUGCAAAUGUCAAAUAUUGAUAUUGGUAGAUUCCAUCGUAACGCCCCUGGUGGUGCCGCCGCACACGCUGGGAAUGUGACUCGUUAUCUUCGUCAGCGUAAGGAGAUUGAUCGUCUCGAGAAGCUGUACAACACUCACAUCAACACACCCUUCUCGCAGGAUGGUGCUUUACCCUGGGAGCUGUACUCGCGCGAGGGCAAGAAUGCUAUCCGUGCCCAGUCGGAGAUCACUGGUAUCAUCAACGGUCAGCCUCCCGCUCGUAUGCACUCUGUCAGCAUUGACCCCUUUUUCCAUCAGCACCUGCGUACCGACAUUACCCCUAAGGUGAAGGCCGAUUACGGUGUUCACGUUGUGAUUCCUGAAGCAUCCGAGGCUGCUGCUCCAGUUCUGCUUGUGUUCGAGGGCCCUGACCCGGCUGAUGGCCCUUAUCAGCUUCCUAGAACCAAGCCUUCAGACGCAGAGAUUCGCGAGUUCAAGAAGGCUCUUGAUGAUGCCGAAAAACACAUUCUGGGUCUUAUCGGCAAGCAAGAGCAGCUGUCCAGCACCACUCUAGACGUUCCCGCCAAGUUCCAUGAGAGACUUCGGCGCUUUAUCAAGAAGGAGCAGGAGAGCCGCGCUUCUGAUCAGAUCCCUGUGCGCGUUACUAAGGUUGGCACCACAAUCACACUCCGUGGACCCAAGUCUGCUGUGGAUGCUCUGGCGGCCAAGGCCAAUGCCUUUGUUGAGCAAGAGAAGGAGGACGAGAAGGAACGUGGCUUCACAUUAAGUUUCGACUUUCCUCAGAAAUUUGCCAACCACCUUAUUGGUAAGGGCGGUAGCAACAUCAAGGAGCUUCGCGAUCGAUUUGACGUCGAAAUCCAGGUGCAAGAUGGGCAAGUUGAGCUCAAGGGUCCCAAGGCCAAGGCCGAGGCUGCUCGCCACCACAUCCAGAACCUUAGCCGUGCCUUGGCCGAUGAGACAACGCAUAUUCUGAAGAUUGACCCCAAGUACCACCGAGAGCUCAUUGGUGCUCAGGGCGGCCAGAUUAACCGUCUUCAGACUCGAUAUAAAGUUCUCAUCUUCUUCCCUCGCUCCGCAAAGACCGGUCCCGAGGACCAGCCAAAUGCUGAUGCCGCCAGCGACACUGGCAAGCCCCGCCGUCAGCAGGCCCCCGACGAGGUCAUCAUUCGUGGUCCAAAGAAGGGCGCAGACGAAGCUAGGGAUGAGAUCUUUUCUCUCCACAAGUAUUUGGAGGAGCACUCAGUUACUGCAACGGUCCCUGUUCAGCAGAAGCAGGUUGGGUCCCUUAUCGGACAGGGAGGCGCUGCUCUUGAUGAGCUUCGCCAGUUGACUGGUGCACGCAUUGACGUUCCUGCGGACCGUGAUGCGGAUAUGGUUGAAAUUUCCAUCAAGGGAACUGCUUCGCAAGUCGCCAAGGCCCGCAAAGUCUUGGAAGAAAAGCGAACUAUUUUCGAUGACACCAUUGUUCAGACUAUUGACGUUGAUAAGAAGCACCACAAGGCCUUGAUUGGCAGCGGGGGAUCCAACCUGAAGGAUAUUGUCGUCGGAGCUGGAGGGUCGGAUGACCGACGUGAGCUUGCUCGUACUAUCCAGUUCCCGAAACAGGAGGCAGAUGGCAACACCAUCAAGGUCGAGGGACGCACCGACGUGGUGCAAAAAAUCAUCAAGCGCAUCCAAGACAUCGUUGCUGAGCGCGAGAGCCAGAUCUCGGAUGUAAUCGAAGUGCCCAUCGAGCAUCAUCGAUCUCUUAUUGGCCGUGGCGGUGAUACUAAGCGCCAGAUGGAGAGCAAGUUCACUGUUUCGAUUGACGUGCCCAGACAGGGUGACGGCAAAACUGGUGUCAAGGUAACUGGCCGACCUGAGAACGUGGUCCAGGCCAAGGAACACAUUGCUGGCAUUAUCAAACAGCAGCAGGGAGAGACUAUUCAGAUCCCCCGCAAUGUCCAUCACGCUGUUUCCAACAAUGGACAGAUUUUCCGACAGCUUCGCAACAAUCACCAAGUCACAGUCGACCACUCUGGUCAUGGCAUUCCCAGCAAGCCUGAUAACUCGGCCAGAGCGAACACUGGCUCCUUGCCGCUCAUCACAGAUGACGCAGACGCCGCGGCAGACGCCCACUCCUGGAAAGUGGUCAAGACCAUUUCCACCGAAGAGGGAGACAUUCCUUGGGUCUUGAGAGGCACCCCGGAGAAUGUUCAGAAGGCCAAGGACGUGAUCCAAAAGGCCCUAGAGCAGGCUAAGAAGACUGAUGCCACGGGUUACCUCAUCUUGCCUGACCCAAAAACUUAUCGCCACGUCAUUGGACCAAAUGGCUCCAAGGUCAACGCGAUUCGACAGCAGAGCAACUGCAGAAUCCAGGUGCCCCGAGAUCAGGCGCGCGACGAGGCCAUUGAGAUUGUCGGCUCUCAGGCAGGUGUAGAGAAGGCUAAAGAGCUGAUUUUGGUUGCUGUCCGUGAGGGGCAAAAGCCUAGGGAGUAG